AUGAACGGGGUUGCAGAUACCUCUGUCAAGUGUGUGCUCGUGGGUGACAGUGCGGUCGGGAAAACCGCUCUCCUUGUUCGGUUCACGUCGGAGACGUUUCCGGAUUCUUACAAACCUACAGUCUAUGAAAAUACAGGUGUUGAUGUAUUUAUGGAUGGCGUACAGAUUAGUUUGGGGCUGUGGGACACCGCCGGGAAUGACAUGUUUCGUUCAAUUCGUCCUAUGUCGUAUCAGCAGGCCGAUGUGGUGUUGCUAUGCUACUCCGUAGCGAACCCGCCCUCUCUUGCUAACGUUUAUCAGAAAUGGAUUGUUGAAGUGCGCGAACACUUGCCGCAUGUGCCGGUUCUGGUGGUCGCUACGCAAACGGAUCACAGAGAGAUGGGCCGGGUCAACUGCACACCACCCUCGGAUGGUAAACGCCUUGCGCAAGAGAUCCGUGCCAAAGGUUACCUGGAAUGCUCAGCCCUUAGUAACCGUGGAGUCCAGCAGGUGUUUGAGUGUGCGGUUCGCACGGCUGUUAAUCAAGCUCGCAAGCGGACCCGCCGCAGGAAUUUCUUUGGCAUUAAUCCGUGCAAAGUCUCCUAA